AUGAAGGAAAUCGGUGGAAGCCUCCCAGGACAUAAAACCUGGGUGGCUGCCCCUCCCUUCUUUCCUUCCCUCAUCCUACUCAACCUCACACUGCUCCCAGCACUGGUAGACGUCGAAGCCUCAAAAAAACCGUUAGAAACCAAGUACAAAAUUCGAACGCACGCCAUGCCACCCAAGGCUGGAUCAACGUCGAAAACCAAGAGCGCAGAGCAAAAGGCGCAAGAGCAGCAGGGACGAAAGCUCAGGGCGGAGGAAAGGGAGAAGUCGAGGCAGAAGAAGACCGCCCAGGAAGGGGGAGGCAAGGAAGGGGCAGGGAAGGGAAAGGGCAAGGGUACCAAGAGAAAGAUUACCAGCCGGGCCUUCAUCGAUUCGGACGAAGAGGGUGAGGAAGGAGGGGAAGGAGGUACCAAGAAGCCGGAAGGGCCUCCAUCGAAGAAGGCAAAGACCACCGCUGAUGCUGGAGGCACGGCGACAGGCCAGAUGGGCGAUGAGCAAGGGGGGGCUGCUGGUGGAGGUACGGCGACAGGUGACAAGGGAGAUGAGCAGGGCGGGGCUGCUGCUGGAGGCACGGCGACAGGUCAGACGGGCGAUGAGCAAGGGGGGGCUGCUGGUGGAGGUACGGCGACAGGGGACAAGGGAGAUGAGCAGGGUGGGGCUGCUGGUGGAGGUACAGCGACAGGUCAGAUGGGCGAUGAGCAAGGCGGGGUUGCUGGUGGAAGUACGGCGACAUGUGAGAAGGGUGAUGAGCAAGGCGGGGUUGCUGGUGGAAGUACGGCGACAGGUGAGAAGGGUGAUGAGCAAGGCGGGGGAGGCAAAGGGAAACAGAAACAAAAGACUCCUGUGAGCGCAGCAAAGGCCAGGCCACCGAGGAGGCUAUCUGGAGAUAGUGGAAAGCCAGACAAGGGAAAGAAAAAAGUUGAUAAAGUUAUUGUCCAGAGCGAGUCAGCUGUACAGACCCUUGAAGACAUGCUCGCUGCGAGGGCUAGCGCUGCUGGCCCUACCAUCAAGUUCCAAAUGAUCGCAAGUGAAGCGCACAUGGGUAUGGCCAUGCUGUACGUUGGCGCCGGUCCGUUACUGGGGAAGGAGGGUGCGUCGUUCGAGGAGGCGGAUAGCUUCGCCCAGUCGGCGAUAUAUCAGUGGGUUAAAAACGGCGACGAGAAAUACUUUAAAAGUGUCAUUCCAUUCUCCCUUCGCCAUUUCAACCAUCGCCCGAUCGAACAAUCAGUUUUCGACGACCUCUACAACAAGGGUAAAGAGCUCCUAACCCAAUCCCCAGAGCACGCCAUCAUUAUUGCUCUACCAGGCCGCAUCGUCAACAAAGAGAAGUCGUUCCCCUCCCCCACUUCCGCCAAUCCCAACAAGCUGAAGCAACUCGUCCUCAACUUGGAAGAGCUCAUGAAGCUUAAGGAGGAGAACCCCGACAUUGUCAUCUACCUCGUUAAUGGCGCGCAUCGAGUCGAAGUCACUCGAGCACUUAUGAAGGCUUCGCGCGAGAGUUGGGGAAACCUGUUGGUCACGGCAGCCAACGUCAAAGAUUCGGAGGAAAAGAAGAAGACCUUGGAGCAAAUUCGUAAAGUCACGGAGCUGUUGGAGCAGGCUGGAAGCUGGUGUGCGAGGGUUUAUGACUUGGACAAGAUGAACGCGUCGGGCCACGGCGAGGAGAGUUCCUUGUCGUACCCUCAAAGUACCUUGAAGUACGUUAUCGUACCCUCAAAGUACCUUAUCAUACCCUCGAAGUACCUUACGCAGUACCUCGUCGUACCCAGGCUGUACCUCAAAUUCCCUUCCAACUACAUUCAACAUCGCAUUGAUACCCUCUUUGUAACCUAA